AUGGAGGCAUCUGAAGUGGCCAAGAGUCCCAUCGAGUUCAUGGUGCGCUGGCACGAGGAGCCGGAAGGGCGGGCCCUCCGCUUCCGCUGCCAGAUCCACGAGACCUGGUCUCUGUGGAAGCAAAGGUGGUUUCAUGAGAUGGACACUCGAGUCCGCAAACCCUUGGCCGUGACGCCCACCACGGACGUCGAGAAGUUAGCCUCCGCGAUGGCCGUGUCCCACCGUAAGUUUGGCGGUGUGGCAUUGAAGCUGAACCCCAAGAAUGACACUGUCCUUUCCAUUGCGGCCAAAGCAUUGGCGACAACGCCGCGGAAAGCGCACAGAGAGGAGCCCGCCCCCCUCGAGCAUGAUACGGAAAGGGGCCCAUUUGCCUGA